AUGAAUGUGUGCGUUCCCUCGGAGCUGCGGCAGCUGUCUCCCGGAGAGGAGAUGCGACGGCCAGUCGCAUCGGGGGCCCUCAGCGACAGAGACAGCACCCCUCAGACAGCCCAGCCCCCCCCCGCGGCCCCCGGGGCCCCGCCCACCGUUCUCUCGUUUGUCACUACAGUCACACCGGAACAUUCUGCCCUCGUCCGGGACGCCGGUCCCCUGGAGAGCGCAGAACGAGAGAGCAGGCAGCCGCAGUGUGCUGGUUCCCAGGACCCGUCCCAGAGCGAUAUCCCCAAACGGGAACGAUUUUGCCGCGCCUGCGCCCGUGUCCCGCACCAACGACAGCACCAAAGCACCGCACCGAGCCACCACUCGGCAAAGAGUGAUGCCCACUCACCUUCCAGCUUAGGACGAAGAGGAAACAGGAAGCCCCCCUGCUGGACUAUGGUUCUAAAAGAUGACUUUGGCGUUGUUGCCAGGACACUGCGUGUUGGGAAUGUGCUACUGCUCUCUGUGUUUCUGCUCCUGCUGCAAGCCGAGGCCGACCUUGAGAUCCACAAGGAGAAGCAUUACACAUGGAAAACAGGCCAGUGGGGUAGGUGUAUGGGGGAGGACUGCGGGCCCGGGGGGGUCCAGACCCGGACCGUCUGGUGCGUCCACGCGGAGGGCUGGACCACGCACCACUCCAACUGUCACCACGGCGACAAGCCCGAGAGCCAGAGGCGCUGCUCCAAGGUGUGCGAGUGGUACCAGGAGCUGUUCGAGUGGGAGGCGUCGGAAUGGGGCCCCUGUGCCCUCACCACCUCCCUCUCCAACGAGGUGGGGCCGCGGGGGGCGGAGUGCGUGACCGCGCAGCACGGGGUGCAGCGGCGGUCCGUCCGCUGCGUGCGCAAGUCCAACCGCACAGAGGCGGCAGAGCGGGUCUGCGAGUUCUUCUCCCCGCGGCCCGCGGCGGAACAGGCCUGCCUGGUGCCCUGCCCGCACGACUGUGUGGUGUCCGCCUUCUCCGCCUGGUCGGGCUGCAGCAGGACCUGCGGGCCGGGCCUGCAGCACCGCACCCGCGCCGUGCUCGCCACGCCCAUGUAUGGCGGCGCCAACUGCCCCAACCUCACGCAGACCCGGGCCUGCGACAACCCCCUGCCCUGCCCCGACGGGGGCGAGCCGCACAGGUACAGCCUGAAGGUGGCGCCGUGGAGCUCCUGCCGGCUGCCGCAGCCACGGGAUACCCGGCUCGGAGGCAGGACCACGCUGGCCUUCGGGACCGACGCCACUGAGAGGAACGCGGUCAAACGGCACACACAGGCCCACCGGCACCACCACGGCGACAAAGCCUGGGACGUGGAGGUGGGCUACCAGACCCGGCAAGUCCGCUGCACCCGGAGCGACGGCAAAAAUGCCAUGCUGAGCCUCUGUAUCCAUGACAACGCCCCUGUGACAUUUCAGUCCUGUGUGAUGCCCAGAGAUUGCGAGACGUCUGACUGGUCGUCGUGGAGCCCUUGCUCCAAGACCUGCAGGGCAGCGGACCUGUCGCCGGGUUACCGGACCAGAACCCGCAGCCUGAGGCUCAUUCCCAUUGGUGGGGGCAGAGAGUGCCCCGCCCUUGAGGAAAAAGAAGCCUGCAACAUCGUGGGAGACCUACUGCCGAAGUGUCCCAGGUUUGUGUGGAAGAGCACGGAUUGGGGCGACUGCCAGGUGGCCCCGCUACUCAGCCAGCAGGACCGACGCCAUGACAACCUCAGCGCACUGUGCGGAGGCGGGAUCCAGACCAGGGAAACAUACUGCGUGCAGAUCCCUGACGACAGCACUGCACACCGCGCUAAAGAGGUGUCCCGCCCUGUGACUGGUUGGCUUUGUGAGGGCGACGCCCCCUCUGCUGUCCAGCCCUGCUCUGUCCCCUGUCCUGAGGAGUGCCAGGUCUCUGAUUGGUCUGCCUGGGGGCCCUGUCUCCAUGACAACUGCAUGGACCCACAGGGGAGGAAAGGGUUCAGACAGAGGAGACGGCUGGUGCUCCGGGAGCCGACGGGCGCGUCCCAGAGCUGCCCCCACCUGACCGAGUCCAUGCCCUGCGAGGAUCCCGCCUGCUUCCUGUGGCAUGUGACGGAGGAGCAGCCCUGCACCCCCAAAAAGGAGCCGUGCGGCCCGGGAACCCGAAACCAGAGCGCCGCCUGCAUCCACGCCCAAGGUGAGGCUGUCCCCAGUGAGAGGUGCCUGGAAGAUCCCCCUCCUGCACGGCCGCCCUGUGAGGUGCCCUGUCCCGGGGACUGUGUCAUCAGCUCCUGGGCCCCCUGGUCGCCCUGCUCUCAGUCCUGCUCCACCAAAACCUCCGAAGGGAGACAGAGUCGAACCCGCACUGUGCUGGCACUGCCAGGGGAAGGAGGAAAGCCGUGCCCUGCUGCUACAGCUCUGGAGGAGUGGAGAUCCUGCAAUGAGCAGCCCUGCCUGGUGUUCUACUGGGAGGCUUCGCCCUGGGGUCCCUGCACCGAGGACAGCUCCACGGCCGCGUUCAACGCCACCAGCAACUGGGACGGGAGGCCCACCUGUGCUGUCGGAGUCCAGACGCGCAAGGUGUCCUGCAUGAAGAUGAACAUGGGACAGGUGAUCCCCAAAAGGUGUCCAGAUUCCCCCCGGCCGGACACCAUCCGGCCCUGCUUACUGCCCUGCAGGAAGGACUGCCUGGUGACUCCCUUCAGUGAGUGGACGCCCUGUCCUUCUACCUGUCUGCCAGCCAAUGCGACUGCAGCCACCCAAUCACGUUACAGAAUCAUCACCCAGAGGCCGGCCAAUGGGGGACAGGAGUGUCCAGACACUCUGUAUGAAGAAAGGGAGUGUGAAUCUCUUCCUGUUUGCCCUGCCUACAGGUGGAAGCCGCACAGGUGGCAUCAGUGCACCCUCGUACCCGAGUCCAUCCGUCAGGGAACGGCCGGAGCCUCGGAGUCUUGCGGCAGGGGACUGGAGACCCGCGCGGUGACGUGUGUGGGUGAGGACGAUGAGCCUGUGGAUGUGACGGAGUGUCUGCAGCAGGUGGGCAGCGUGCCGCCCCGGGUCCGACCAUGCCGAGUGCCCUGCAGGGAUGACUGCACCCUCAGCAGCUGGUCCAAAUUCACAGAGUGCUCUGGCUGUGGGGGCUGGAGGAGCCGAAAACGCUCCCUCACAGGCCGCAGUAAGAAGAGGGAGAGAUGUCAGCGGUCAGACCUGUACCCGCUGGUGGAGACAGAGCCGUGCCCGUGUAUGGACUUCCUGUCGCGGCCGCAGGGUAACUGGUCAGACUGCAUCCUGCCGGACGGGCGAGUGCUGGCCGCUCCGCUCAGCUGGAGGGGCAGCCGGGAGGUCAGAGAGUGUGGGCAAGGCGUGCGAUACCGUGCUGUGGCCUGUGUGGACCGCGAUAACCGCCCUGCCGACCCCACCCUCUGCAGCACCUCAGGCUACAUGGAGGAGGCGUGCCACGUCCCCUGCCCCUUAGACUGCAAGCUGAGCGACUGGUCGGCCUGGUCGACCUGCAGCGCCCCCUGUGGCAGCGGAGUGAAGGUCAGGUCCAAGUGGCUGCGGGAGAAGGCCUUCAACGGGGGCCGGCCCUGCCCCAAGCUGGACGUGAAGAAUCAGGCUCAGGUCUAUGAGGCCGUGCCCUGCUACAGCGAGUGUAAGCAGUACGCAUGGGUGGCAGAGUCCUGGUCUGUGUGCACCAUUAACAGUGUGGACAAGCUGCCAGCGUGCGGGGAAGGUGUACAGAGUCGCAAAGUCAAGUGUGUGAGGAAGGGCAGCGAGGGCCAGGUGGACAGUGUGGACGACCAUCUAUGUGACCAGGAAGACAUGCCCUUCAGAGCCCAGACCUGCUUCCUGCCCUGCCCUGACGACUGUGUGAUGUCACAGUGGAGCCAGUGGAGCAGCUGUCCUUUGCCAUGUGACCAGAAUACUAUAAGAAAGAGAUGGAGGCAUGUGCUGCGUCUCCCUCAGAAAGAGAAAACCUGCCCCGACACACAGGAGACAGAGGCGUGCAUCCUCAACAGCACCUGCUUUACCUACCACUACAACGUCUCAGACUGGAGCACCUGUCAGCUGAACGAGAAGGCUGUGUGUGGGAAGGGUGUGAGGACGAGACAACUGGACUGCAUACGCAGCGACGGAAAGGUGGAGGGACUGAGCAUGUGCGAAGAGAUGGGUUUGCCGCAGAGGUGGAAGCUGAGCGCGCACUGCGUGGCGGACUGCCCCGUCAGCUGCCUGCUCUCCGAGUGGUCAGCAUGGACCGAGUGCUCACACACCUGCGGAAACCAAGGUCACGUGGUACGCUCUCGGAGCGUGAUCCAGCAGGCCCAUGAGGGGGGACGACCCUGCCCCGCCCAGCUGUCCCAGACCAAACCCUGUCCCAUAAGGCCUUGCUACAGAUGGGCCCUGGGGCAGUGGUCUCCGUGCAGAGUGGAGGGCGCAGAGUGCGGUGAGGGGGUGAGAGAGCGGAACCUGACGUGUGUGGUGGACUGGGGCGACCCCGCGGAGGCCUCACCGCCCAAACCCGUGGAGGAGGAGAAGUGCGAGGGCAAGCUGAGGAGGGUGAGCGGCCAGGAGCGGCAGGUGCCCUGCUCCCUCCCCUGCCCAGGAGACUGCCACCUGACGGAGUGGUCAUCAUGGAGCUCCUGUCAGCUGACGUGUCUGGAUGGGAGGAGUUUCGAGACCGUGGGGCGGCAGGCGCGUUCCAGGGCGGUGGUCAUUCAGGUGAUGGAGAACCAGGACAGCUGCCCUCACCAGGUGUUUGAGACGCGACCCUGCAAAGGGGGAAAGUGCCACAGCUAUGAGUGGAGGACCAGCGCAUGGAGGGACAAUGAGCGGACGGUGUGGUGCCAGCGAUCCGACGGAGUCAACGUCACCGGAGGCUGCUUUCUGCAGCACCGCCCCACAACCACCCGGCACUGCCACCCUCCCUGCACCAAGCCCUUCUCCUUCUGCACACAGAGCGGAGUAUGUGGGUGUGAGAGGGGGUACACAGAGGUAAUGACCACACACGGAUUCCUCGACUACUGCACAAAGACCCCCGGCGGGGACAACAAGAAGGCUGACGUGAAGACCAGCUCGGGCCGAAUGAAGCCCGGGACAUCCCAGAUCCAGGACUUCUUCAGCGAGUGGUCACUGCGACCUGUGGGACCAGAUGGCCGGCUAAAGGCGUGGGUCUACGGAGUGACCGCUGCCGGAUUCCUGCUGAUUCUGUUCAUUAUCGCUCUCUCCUUCAUGGUGUGCAAAAAGCCGGAGCAGAGCAAAGGCUCGCCCGCGCCCGUGAAGCCUCUGACCCUCGCCUACGACGGUGACGCGGACAUGUAAGGAGCGCGGGAGGCUGAAAUCCGCGCGCGCCCGACUGCUCACACGCACCCGAGGCGCGUCCACCCAAACGUAUGCAACAUUUCCACGACCGGGUCCGAGCCCCACCGGAGAUGGCUCCCACGGGCAUCGGCUCGCACCGCGUUAUUGUGGAGCGGGCAGAAAGCAGGCCUCCUUUUUAAACUUUUAAAAACUAGUGCAUGGAGCUCUGUGUACAAGGACAGGAGCACAGCGAAGUGUUUGUUUUGGGUCAGUGACCAAGAUCAGUGACACUACAGUGACAUUCAGAGCAGUGAAAGGAACCUGGCAAGUGCCAUUGCUUAUGGAACGGACAACAUUUUCAUUUGCCUUGGGUGACUUUUUAAAAGGGACGAGGGCAUCCAAGGAUGCAGACAGGUGCUUAUUGGCCGCUGAGGGAACAUACCGCAAGUGACUUUUUGA